GACAUAAAGAUCAGUCAUCAUCAUUGGUAAACCACCAACUAAACAACACCCUUAAUUUUUUGUUUUGUUUUGUUGAUUGUCAUUAUAACAGCCAACAGCAAAUAUCUGAUAUUCGAUCAUCAUCAAUAAUGAACUAUUCAACAAGUCGAAAAAAAUCUACUACAAUUAAUUUAACAACCAAAACAAUUCAAUCAAAAAUGUUAUUGAUUGAAUUAUUUUGUUUGAUAUUUCUAUUGAUAUCAUCAUAUUCAAAUAUGAAUAAAUUUUUGCCAACAGUAAUGGCAAAAAAUGAAACACCAUUAGAAUGUUUGGUAUUGAAAAAUUUGGUUACCAAUCGUUUAAGUCGUUCUUUGAUAGAAAAUCGUCAUCGUAUGUCGGAAAAUGAAGCUGAAGCACGUAAUAUGAAAAAUUUGAUACGGCUUCAUUAUAAUUGUCUUCUGCAUGAUGAUCGAAUUCGAUUCAAAAAACGUGGCUGAUAUUCAUUCCAAAUCAUUUAUUUUUUCAUCAUUAUCAUCAUUAACAUUUUUAUCAUUUUUGACAACUUUCAUCAUCAUCAUCA